AUGCCUGUCAACCCACGCUGCUGCCCCUACCUUUCGCCGCUGGGGAUGGUGGCCGGGGGCACCCGCCGUGUGGUUCUCGCCUGUGUAGCAACCUGCACCAGGUCAAUAGGUUCAUAUAUUUUGAGUUGUGAUGUUCAUUGGGUCAAAGAAACUGGUAGACAUAAAAAGCUAUGUGAAAAGCUUCUUAAGCAAAAGAAACAACAUAAUCUUCCAACAUUUAUACAACCAAAGAGAUUUAUUAUGUUUGUCAAUUCUCUAGAAGGUAUAUGUGAGGACUUUGUUCAGAGAUUUAUUAUGUUUGUCGAUUCUCUUGAAGGUAAUGUGAAGUGGAGGGCUCUUCGCCUGGAUACUGGUAACUACUCAUGGGGAAGUGAAGCUGUUACCCGCAAGACCCGUAUCCUCGAUGUGGUCUACAAUGCAUCAAACAAUGAGCUCGUGAGGACUCAAACCCUUGUGAAGAAUGCCAUUGUGCAAGUUGAUGCUGCCAAAUUCAAGCAGUGGUACCUCACUCACUAUGGAGUUGACAUCGGUAGGAAGAAAAAGGCUCCUGCUGCAAAGAAGGAAUCUGCUGAGGGACAAGAGGGUGAGGCAGCAGCUGAGGAAACAAAGAAGAGCAACCAUGUCAAGAGGAAGCUUAAGGAGCGUCAGAAGGGAUGUGAGCUUGACGCUCACAUUGAAGAGCAAUUUGGCAGUGGAAGCUUGCUGGCGUGCAUUUCUUCCCGCCCUAGACAGUACAUCCUUGAGGGUAAAGAGCUUGAGUUCUACAUGAAGAAGCUUCAGCGCAAGAAGGGCAAGGGCGCUGCAGCUUAG